GCAAAGGUCCAAUGAUAACAAGAGAAAAGAAAAGGCCCAAUAGAUCAUAGUCGUCUUCUUCCUCUACUCCUCAGAUUUCAUUUGUAGCUUCACUUUAUGCAAAAUCUUUCACAAACCCGCCUUCCAUUCUCACCAAUGAAGCGCAGUUUUGCUAUUUUCUCGAAUCCCUAAAGCAUUUUUCUUUCAAAUUUGGGAUUCUACUGCCUUGGCUAUACUUUUGUUCCAAUACAGAGUUAUAAAGAAUUUCAAAAUGGGUCUUGAAGGAUCAGGACGCUAGCUUUCAAUUCUUCUAAAUCUAAAAGGAUAAUCUUUAUUUGAAUGGCUAGACCUCCAUUUUUUGUCACAAGCUUGUGCACCCGCAAUUCCCCAAUCCGUAACCUUAGUAUUGCUGGAACUAAUAGCGGGAUUGAAGGUGAAGUUGCUGCACAAAACCCAGAUCAAUCAAGUCCAGAGAAUCAUCAAAGUGCCCAACAGAGCUUUGUUGAGAUAGCUAAAGAAGUUUGCAAAGUCAUCCGGACACGACCAAGAUGGGAACAAUCAUUGUUAUCUGAUUUUCCCACUGUUAAUUUUACGGAUCCAAGAUUCUAUAGGGAGGUUGUGAAGGCACAAAAGAAUGCUCUGUUGUCACUUCGGUUUUAUUAUUGGCUUAGUUCUCAAAAUAAAUUUUCAAGGGAUCAGUUCUCGGACGAAGUAAUAUUUAGUGGGCUUGUACAAGCUAAGGCUGCCAGUGCUGCUAAAUGUUUUCGACAAAGUAUGAACUUUGUACUUCAACCUAGUUGUUUGGAGGCCUACAUUGAGUGUCUUUGUGCAAAUGAAUUGAUUGAGGACGCCCUCGAUGUGUUUACUGAAUUGAGAGGUGUUGGCCACUGCCCGUCAUUGAAAAUUUGGAAUUCAGCCCUUUCAGAUUGUAUUCGAGCUGGAAGAACUGACAUUGUCUGGAAAUUGUAUGAGGAUAUGACAGAUCUCGGUGUUGUAGCAGAUGUUGAUACGAUUGGGUACUUGAUUCAAGCUUUUUGUAUGGAGAACAAUGUUCCAAAAGGUCAUCAACUUCUUCGACAGGUCUUGGAAUCUGGGCAUGCCCCUAGUAAUGUUGCUUUUAAUAAACUGAUUUAUGAAUCAUGCAAGAGCAGAGAUUACUUUAGACUGUCAGCUCUUCUCCACGCAAUGAUUGCAACUAAUUGUUCUCCCGAUAUAUUCACUUAUCAGCAAGUUAUUCAGGGACUAUGUGAAACGAGAAAGAGGCGUGAAGCUUUUCGGAUAUUUAAUGAUCUAAAGAAUAGAGGAUAUGCUCCUGAUAUCGUUAUGUAUACAACAAUGAUUAAUGGUCUCUGUAAAAUGAAAUUGCUUGGAGAUGCCCGGAAAUUAUGGUUUGAGAUGAUUCAAAAGGGAUUCAAUCCUAAUGAGUAUACAUAUAACACACUGAUCCAUGGGUAUUUAACAACUAACCAUCUAAGUGAAGCUGAAAGUCUUUAUAAGCAAAUGCGUGAUAAAGGAUAUGGAGAGACCACAGUGACAUAUAACACCAUGAUUUAUGGGCUGUGUCUUUAUGGAAGAGUAGAAGAAGCUCAGAACUUGUUCACUGAAAUGGCUGAGAAAGGUCUUCUCCAUGAUGUGAUCACAUACAAUUCUCUAAUUCAGGGUUUCUGCAAGAAUGGGAAGAUAGCUGAAGGGCUUCAAUUUUUAUAUGAACUUCUAAAGCAGGGGUUGCAACCAUCACCCGCUUCUUAUACAGUGUUAAUUGAGAAACUUUGUGAGGUCGGCCAUGUUGAGGAAGCGAAAUCAUUGUGGAAUGAUAUGCACUAUAGAGGUGUUAAACCUGCAGCAUCGACUCAGGAUUCUAUUAUACUCGGAUUGAUCAAGCAAGGAUAUGUAGCAGAGGGGGUAGAUUGGUUGAGCAGUAUGCUGAAGAGUAGGCUCAGACCAAGGAGAAAAACUUUUGAGAAACUGGUUUAUCAUCUUUGCCAAGCAGAUAAGUUGGAUAACUCCUUAUUCGUUUUAGAUUACAUGCUUAGGUUAGGUUAUGCUGUAAGAGAAAGUAUUUUCCGUUCUCUAGUAAAUAAACUUUGCAAAGAUAAUUCCCACCAGAUUGAGAUGCAAAUGGGAAAUAUUGUCUAUGCAAUUCAAGGUGGUUGAUGUCUUACAGAUUGUAGCACCUUUAUCUUGUCCAAGGACAAAUGGAAAGAGAUGAUUUUUUGCUUUAUACACCUUGAUCAUGCAACUUUCACAUUUUAUGCUAUAACAUUAUGUUUUACCUUGUUAGUCUUAUUGAUAUGUGAUUGUUGGCUGAAGCUUCUUCAUCGAUUUCUUCUUUUUUUCUUUUUCUUUUUUGGUUGAGAAAUUCCCUGGGUGAGCGGGCCUAGCUCCGGUCAGUAAACAUGUUCGAAACUGGAGGGUGUACUGAUCUGCCCCUACCCUCCUCCCACUUAAAUACCACCAAUCUCCUGUCAUUGAUAUGGUUCACAUUCGUGAGGUGCGCCUACCACACAUCGCACACUGUACUUUUUUACCACUUACAGUAAAUUUGAUGAUGAGUGCUCCUAAUGUGCUUCCUCUGAUAGAAUUCUGCUUUUGUUCUACAUGUACAUGAUUCCAAAAGGCAUUAAUAAAUUGUAUCUUACUGAUAAUGCUGCCUACUUUUCUAUAUUUUUACUAUUAUGUAGAAGAGCCAUGGGUAUCAACCUGGCUGCUUCAUGGCAAUAAAAUCAUAGUUGAAGACAUUUUAGUCUUUCGCUAAUUGCUUUGACGUGUCUUUCAACCAGCAACUAAUUUUUCCACGUUCGUCAGUCUUAAUCAUUUAGAUUUAGCGAGAAUCAAGUACAGGUAGCAACCAAGAGGAAGAGGAAUAGGCAAAAUGAUACAGAGAAGAAGGAAAUGGAGAUGAGAAUAGAGCCCUUCAACUUUAGCUCUUCCUCAUGUCUUCUUCUGUUGCUCGCGGAUUGGCUCCAUUCUCAUCUCCAUUGCCCGUUACUGCUGAUUUGUCUGUUAAAUGGGCUGCAUUGGCAAUCGAUGAUGGAGAUUAUGGCUCUUUGUUCUGGCUUCCGGAGGUGUGUCCUUUGAUAAUGUCAACACUCUAAGAGGAAAUGUGCCCUCAAGGUAAAAAGGUAAACUGAGUUGAAUAUGAUCAUUGUUGGUGCAGACGAGGACAUAUACAGGAUAUAAAUAUUCACAACUAUAGAGCAGAGUGACUAUAGAUAGAGGAAGUUGCCAACAAUCAAAAGAAGCAAAAGAUGGAGCGACAUCUAGAGGAGAUGAUACAGGUGAAAUGACGUGCUCAGGAAGAUACAAGCAGCGUCUUUUAGUAACUUAAGCGAUUUAAACUCGAAUUUGUGGAGGGAAAGGAACAAUCACAUUUUCAUAUGUAAAGCAUCUCUUGAAGUUGCUGCUGCGGCUAAUUAUAAUGGAAUAUAUGGUAUUUUCAAUUG